AUGGAUUGGAUCAUCUUGUUGUAUGGUCUAUAUGUGGCGGCCUUUGGCGUGACCGUUGUCGACGGGAUCGGCGAGACGGCAGGGGAUACGACCACGCUCAGUCAAUGGCGACUGCAGUCUUCCCUUGCGGUGUCCAACGUCUCUGCAUGGUCGCUCCCAGGGAAUGACGACUCUUCCUGGUAUCAGGUUGGGGCGCGGGCGACCGUCAUGGCGGGUUUACUUGAGAACGGCGUCUACGACGACACGACCCUGUUCUACUCCAACAACAUGGAAACCAAAACCGGCGACGCUGCCAAGUUCGACGCGCCUUGGCUAUACAGACAUGAGCUGUUGAUCAAGAACAAGAUCCGCCAAGGAGAGCAUUAUCUGCUUCACACGCAUGGCAUCACCUCCAAGGCGGAUAUAUACGUCAACGGGGUGCUGGUUGCACCGAGCUCGGUUCAGCAGGGAUCGUACGGCGGUCACACGUACGACAUCACAAAAUACCUGCGUGUUGACGCAAACGCGCUGCUCAUCCAGGCGUAUCCGACGAACUAUCUCCGGGAUUUCGCGCAGGGGUUUGUGGAUUGGAAUCCGUACCCAGCGGACAAUGGCACCGGUCUAUGGCGGGAUGUCAUGAUCUCAAAGACGGGGCCGGUGUCGAUCUCGUCGCCGCGGGUACUCACCGACUUCAGAAAGCCUGAUGGAAAGCCCGUUACGGUGAAUGUUCUCGUGGAUGUGACGAACCAUGAGGAUGAGACGGUCACCGGUACUGUACAGGGGUCCAUCCAGUCUGACACUGAGAGCCUUGUGCUUUCCCAGCGAUUCUCUCUCCAACCACAUGAAACAAAGACCAUACCUAUGACUGUCAGAAUCGAAAAGCCUAAGGUGUGGUGGCCGGCGCAAUGGGGGUCCCAGCCCUUGUACACGGUCAAUGUCAAUGCGACAGUGGGCAAGGAUCAGGUCUCGGAUGUUGCGCUUCCAAGGCGGUUUGGCAUUCGCCACGUAGACUCUCAUGUAAAUUCUCAUAACGACACAGCGUUUACCGUGAACGGCUCGCCAUUCCUAGUUCUCGGGGGAGGGUACUCGCCUGAUUUGUUUCUCCGGUUCGAUGCCACUCGUGUGCGGAAUAUCUUCCAGUAUAUGCUCGACAUGGGGCUGAACACUGUCCGACUGGAGGGCAAGCAGGAGCAUCCAGAGUUAUACGAUCUGGCAGAUGAAAUGGGAUUGAUGGUCAUUGCCGGAUGGGAGUGUUGCGACAAAUGGGAGGGAUGGGAUUACAAUGAUGAAGCCAGCGGCGAAAAAUGGACCGAGAAGGACUACCCCAUUGCCAAUGCGUCCAUGCUCCACGAAGCUGCCAUGAUGCAGACCCAUCCGUCCAUGCUAGCCUUUCUAAUUGGAUCCGAUUUUUGGCCCAACGACCGUGCAACCAAGAUCUACCUCGAUGCGCUGCAUCGCAUGGACUGGCCGGUGCCGAUUAUCGCGUCCGCCAGCAAACGGGGAUACCCUAAAGUUCUCGGACCGUCUGGUAUGAAGAUGGACGGCCCGUAUGACUGGGUCCCCCCGAAUUAUUUCUAUGGCGAUCAGCUGGGUGCCGCAUUUGGAUUCGGGUCAGAAGAGGGUGCUGGGGUGGGAACGCCCGAGUUGACCAGCCUGCGAAAGUUUCUGUCGCCAAAGGACUUGGAUUCCUUGUGGAAGAACCCCGAUCAGAACCAGUACCAUAUGUCGCGGUAUGACUCGUCCUUCUAUAACCGCGCUCUGUAUAACAAAGCUCUCUUUGCGCGGUACGGCGCCCCAGGCAGCCUGGAGGAUUAUCUCCUCAAGGUGCAGAUGAUGGACUAUGAGGCCACGCGUGCAGAAUUCGAAGCGUUCUCUGUGCGCCAGAAUGCCUCCCGUCCGGCCACCGGAGUCAUAUACUGGAUGUUGAAUAGCGCAUGGCCGAAUCUGCACUGGCAGCUGUUUGACUAUUAUUUGAGUCCUGCAGGGGCAUAUUUCGGAACCAAGAUCGGUGGAAGAAUGGAACACGUGGCGUAUGACUACGAGGAGCGUGCAGUCUACCUGAUCAAUCGCUCCCUUGAGAAGAAAGGGCCUCGCAUCGUCUCUGUUGACCUUGUUGAUCGGCAUGGCAAAUCGCUCUUCAACCAGGAGGUCACGAUUGAUACCACACCUACCGCCUCCAAGAGGGUCAUCCCAGUCAAGGCCGUUACUCAGAUCAAGGACGUCGCAUUCCUCCGGCUGGUGCUCAAGAACCCCAGUACAGGAGCCAUCCUCAGCCGCAAUGUAUACUGGUUGUCCGCGAAGAACGAUGUCCUGGACUGGGAGAAUUCAGACUGGUAUUACACUCCCGUUACAAAGUACGUCGACUACAAGGCACUGAUAUCGAUGCCGACUGCUGCUGUGACUGCAUCGCUGAAGCGGCUGCCCGCCAAGGACGGCCUGUCCCAGGUGCAGGUAGUCUUGAAGAAUCCUUCAGCCACCCCUGCCGUGUUCAUGCACCUGUCAGCCAUCAACAAGGACACGCAGGAGGAGAUCACCCCGGUAUUCUGGUCUGAUAAUUAUGUGACUGUCUUCAAGGGCGAGAGUGUGACCCUGACAGCGGCAUUCCCGGGAGGUCGAAGUAAUUGGGAGGUCAUUCUGUCGGGUGCAAAUGUGAAGAGAACUCUCUUGUCGUAA